AUGCUCCUGAAUCUCAAAUUUGUGGUCGGCCUUCUAGCUACUGCGGCAAUUUCAGCAGCCUCAAAUAACACUGGCUUUUCGGUGGACUUGGUCCGCCGCUCUGACAGCAUUCGUUACUCUCAAUUUGAUGCCCAACGGACGCACAAACACCUUAUGGGUAUUACCUGGAAGUAUAUCCAAGCUUUGGAAAACUUCUUGCAAAAUACCGGCAAGGAAUUUCCUCUGAAAUUCAAAUCUCAUGAAAAGCGUUCAUCGGCUACUAUUGAUCUUGUUGAUGUUCAAAAUGGUGUUGAGUGGGCGGGUGAGCUUCGCUUUGGAACCCCUGAGCAAAGCAUCUACUUCGACUUUGAUACGGGCUCGGCUGACACGUUAUGUAACCCUAAUGCUUACAACCCGAAGAAAUCUAGCACGUCGAGCAACACACACACCUCCUUUUCGACAGCCUAUGGAGACGGCACGCAGGCCCACGGAAAUAUUUACACUGAUGUCUUCCAUGCCGGUGGUAUCCAUGCCAAGCAUGUGGCUAUUGGUCAUUCUACAUCUACUUUUAUUUCUAGUUCGGAAAGGCCUAACCAGGGUAUUGCCGGACUGGCCAACCCCUCCAUUCAAGCGUUUGAUUCGAAGUUCAAGCCUUUCUUCACUGACAUUCGGGAUCAAAAAGUUGUCAACCAGGGCGUUUUCCAGUUUACCAUCAAGGCAGGUUCUGGUUCUACUCUUCAGCUAGGUCGUAUCGACAAAUCUAAAUUCAAGGGAGAUCUAACUUGGGUGAACUACAACCCCGCUCUCGGAUUCUACGUGGUGCCUGCCAAAGUCAACGGCAAGUCUAUCCUUACGAUCAUCGAUUCAGGCACCACGCUCAUUAUUGGUCCUACUAACCAGAUUCGCUCUUUGAUGCAAAAACUUCCAAACGUCACUAUGUUUAUAAGUAACGGUGCUCUUCAUGGUCGCUUCCCAUGUAAUAAGCCCCCUAAAGUUACAUUCAACUUUGGCGGCAAGGACUUCUCGCUUGGUAAAGAUCAGAUCUCAUAUGGUAAGAGCGGCAAUGAAUGUGUCCUCUCCAUUGUAGGUCAAGAUGGUAUGCCACUCAAUGCUUGGAUUGUGGGUGACUCGUUCUUCCAAACGGUGUCGGUUGUCUUCGAUCAGGAUAACAAUCGCGUAGGCUUCGCCCCUCAAGCGUAG